UCGAGAGAAAACAGAGAGACUUGUGGCCCGUUUGCAUACUUCCCUUUAUUCCAUCUUCACAGCUCAGCGCGGAGCGUGAGAAGUGAUAUCAUCCAGCGCGCCUGUGGCCAAGAAGAGCGCUGCGAGUGCUGAUUGUGUGCAUUUCCUUUGUGUGCCAGAGAUAAAACGCCAGCGAAGCGCCCAACAAUGGCCAGGUAGCCUCGCGUUUAUCGCCUCUGCACAGCGGAUUUCUGCCAAGUCCGGAGAUUUAUUGGAGUGCGAGGAAGACACGCGUGGAGUCAGUGCUCGUUCAUGAGAUUUGCCUGGCGACGGUGCAGAAUGAGCAAUCCAGACGUGCCGAUCGGCGUGCGGAGCCUGCAGUUCCUCAGCGCACACCUCUGCCCGCGCCUCCGGAUCAACAGGCCCCUCUGCUUCAGAUUCAGCGUCCUGGCGCUGACCUACAUCGCCUACUGCUGCUACCACUUGACCAGGAAGCCCAUCUCGGUGGUGAAGUCCGUCCUGCACCGCAACUGCUCGACUGUGGCGCUGCCCAAGGGCGUCCUGCUCAGUGAUGCCAUCGACAACAGCACCUGGUGCGACUAUCCGCCCUUCGACGGCCCCAAUGCGUCCGCCCUGUUCGGCACGCUGGACUCGGCCUUCCUCUUCUGCUACGCCGCCGCGAUGUUCGCCAGCGGCUUCAUCGCGGAGCGCGUGUCGCUGCGCUACUUCCUCACGUUCGGCAUGCUCUUCUCGGGCAUCUUCUGCUAUCUGUUCGGCGUGGCCAAGACGUACGGCGUGCACUCGAUGGCGUACUUCGUGUUCGUGCAGGCCAUGGCGGGCAUCUUCCAGACCACGGGCUGGCCGGGCGUGGUGACGGUGGUGGGCAGAUGGUUCGGCAAGUCCAAGCGCGGCUUGAUCUUCGGCAUCUGGAACAGCCACACGAGCAUCGGCAACAUCCUGGGCUCGCUCAUUGCCGCCAAUUACGUGGAGAGCGACUGGUCGCGCUCAUUCAUCGUGCCCGGCCUGAUCAUGGGCGUGUGCGGCUUCAUCCUCUUCCUCUUCCUCGUGGACUCGCCGGACAGCGUUGGCUGCACAGAGCGCCACGCGGAGCGGCGCAGGGAUCAGUACUCGCGGGUGGAGAGCAAUGACAGCACGGACGACUCCGAGCCAGACGACACGGACAUCAUCGUUGGCGAGCAGGAGGUCAGUGGAAACGUCGUGAGACCACUUAGAGGCAGUAUUAACACUGAAGUUACCAUGAGAGCGAAUGAGCGCAGUCCGAUGCUGGGCGGCGCUCCUGCGCUGGCCGCCAAUCAUGAGGCCAUCGGCUUCGGUGGCGCGCUGCGAAUUCCCGGCGUCGUCGAAUUCUCGCUCUGCCUCUUCUUCUCCAAGCUCGUGAGCUACACAUUCCUGUACUGGCUGCCGCUCUACAUCCAGUCCUCGACGACGCUGGGCGCCGAGUUGAGCGCCGACCUGUCCACGCUGUUCGACGUGGGCGGCAUCAUUGGCGCCAUCGCGGCGGGCAUUCUCUCGGACUACACCAACAUGCCCGCCAGCACUUGCUCGGGGAUGCUGGCCGUGGCUGUGCCGAUGCUGCUCGUGUAUCAGCACUGGGGCACGCUGUCGCUGCCCGUGAACAUCUUGCUGCUCUUCGUGGUGGGCAUCCUGGUGAAUGGACCCUAUGCGCUCAUCACGACGUCCGUGAGCGCAGAGCUGGGGCAGCACAGCUGCCUGGAGGGCAACUCGAAGGCGCUGGCCACUGUCACGGCCAUCAUCGAUGGCACGGGUUCCAUAGGCGCCGCCGUGGGGCCGCUUCUGGCCGGCUUGGUGUCGACGUCCGGCUGGGAGAAUGUCUUUUACAUGCUCAUGAUCUCCGACGUUGUGGCGCUGCUGCUGCUCGUGCGCCUCGUGAUGAAGGAGUUUAAGCGGCGGAAGAGGAAUGUGCGCAUCGAGUAGAAUUGAUGCCA